ACUCCUCCCACACCACCACGGGUUUGAGAACAGUAGUGUGGGGAGUCAGAUUCUUCCAAACCAUGUCUUACGUGCUGUUUAUUCUUUUGAGCCUGGUAAUCAUUCUCGUCGCCCUCCUUUACUUCCUGGGCGCUUUGAGAAGGAGGGGACCGAACGAGCCGCCUCUGGAUACCGGCUACCUGCCAUGGUUCGGCCACGUCCUGUCCUUCCGAAGGAACACAGAGCAGUUCCUGCAGGAGAUGCAGAAAAAGUAUGGGGAUAUCUUCACAGUCCAGCUAGCCGGCUGUUACAUUACAUUCCUGAUGGACCCGAUAUCCUACGGAGCCGUGAUGAAGGCGUCGAGAUCGAAAUUAGACUUUGAAAAGUUUGCAAUUGAGUUGGUUGCAAGGGUAUUCGGUUAUCACGCGCAACAAAAUGACCAUAAACUGCUGGAGGCAAUAAGUAACAAACACCUCAUGGGGGACGGUUUGGUUGUUCUGACCCAAGCCAUGAUGAUAAAUCUACAGAAACUGAUGCUUCACAGGACUGCGGACUGUACCAGAGAAUGGAAGCAAGAUGGACUGUUUAAUUACUGCUACAAUAUAGUAUUCAGGGCGGGCUACCUCUCUCUGUUCGGUAACGAACCAACCAAGGGAGAUCAGGACCGUGCUAAUAAACUGGACCGAGAAAACUCGGAACAACUCUACUACGAGUUCCGGAAAUACGACCGACUGUUUCCCAGGCUCGCUUACGCUGUACUCCCGCCCAAGGAGAAGCUGGAAGCCGAGAGGCUUAAGAGGCUGUUCUGGAGCUUACUCUCUGUGCAGAAAGUGAGAAACCGGGAACAGAUCAGCGGCUGGGUGUCGGAGCGCCAGUGCCAGAUGGAUGAACAAGGAGUUCAGUUGGAUAUGCAGAGCCGCUACAUGUUCCUGCUGCUCUGGGCGUCUCAGGGAAACACCGGUCCCUCGGCUUUCUGGCUCCUCUUAAGCCUUUGCCGUAGUCCCAAAGCCUUGAACGCGGUGCGAGCCGAAGUGGACGAGCUGCUGGCGCAGACCGGCCAGCGAGCGACGGCGGACGGACCACUGGUCAACCUGACCCGGGAUAUGCUGCAGAAGACUCCGGUGCUGGACAGUGCCGUGGAGGAGAGCCUGCGUAUGUACGCCGCUCCACUACUGUCCAGGGCCGUGAUGGAGGACUUUGAGCUGUCCAUGCCUGACGGCCGGCGUUACUUGCUGCGGAAAGGGGACCGGGUGGCUGUUUUCCCUCACCUUUCGCCACAGAUGGACCAGGAAGUGCAUCCGCGGCCGCACUCCUUCCAGUUCGACCGGUUCCUCAACGCGGAUGGGACAAAGAAGACGGACUUCUACAAGAGGGGCCAGAAGCUGAAGUAUUACAACAUGCCGUGGGGGGCUGGCGCCAGUAUGUGUCCCGGUCGCUUCUUCGCCACCAACGAACUAAAGCAGUUUGUUUUCCUCAUGCUCUGCUACUUUGACUUCGAGCUGGUGAAUCCCGAGGAGGAUAUACCGCCCAUUGACAAUAAUCGCUGGGGCUUUGGCAUAAUGCAGCCUACUUACGAUGUCCAGUUCAGAUACCGCUUCAGGUUUUAGCAGCUUGUUACUUUUUUUUCCCUAACCGCAUACACCCGUUCUAUUUACCCAGGUUAACACAUAAAACUCAAAACCACUAAUCACUGGUAGUUUAAAAAUGAUUGAUAAACUUCUGAAUAUGAGGGGAAUCAAUGGGUAGUGAAAUAAGAGAUAUAUACAUAUUGAUAGAAGUGUAUAAAAUGAUAACAGGCAUAGAUUGAAUGGACAGCUAGAGACUUUUUCAAGGGUGGAAGUGGCUAAUACAAGGGGGCCUAAUUUUAAGGUGAUUGGAGGAAAGUAUAGAGUAGAAGUAGAUUUUAUACAGGAUGUGUGAAACACCUUGCCAGAGAUGGUGAUAGAGAUAGAUAUAUUAGAGACAUUUAAGAGACUCUCAGAUAGACACACGAUGAAAGAAAUAUAGGGGGUUAUGUGGGAGGGAAGGGUUAGCUUGAUCUUACAGUAGGGUAAAUGGUUGGUAUAACAUCAUGGGCCGAAGGGAAUAUGGAUUGCCGUGUAAUUUGUGUUUGACCUCAUUGUUGCAGUAGAGAAGGUCGAGAUCCUACAGGAUGGUGAUAGAAUGGGCAGGGGAAUUGCAAUGACAUGCACCCAGAGUACAGGUUCUGUGCAAAAUAGUCGCUUUGUCAGUACUUUGACUCACCAGUGUUGAGAAGGCCAGAUCUAGAGCACCAAGUGCAGAAGAUGAGUUUGGAGCAGGUGCAGAUGAAUCUCUGGCUCGUUUAGAUGGUCCAUUUAGAUCCUCAGGUGGUGGUGAUUGAGGAGCUGAAGAGAUACCACAUAUGGUUACAGGGGAAAGUUGCUGGAGACUGGGAAGAAUAGCUGAAUGGAUGAGACUAGACAAAAAAAUCAUAGUCAUCCCUGCAGAAAGCAAAAAAGUGUUGCAGUGAGGAAAAUGUGAUUGGUGAUGGGAUGCCUGAUUAACUAAUAAUUGUACUUGACCAGCAAAAAUAAAUGAUUAAAAUAAACUGUUGAUAUUUUCUUUAUA